AACACUUGCUGACAAAUUUUCCAAGAAUUGCAAAAGGAGAUGGCAUAUAGGAGGGAGAAAUGGAAAAAACAUGGUUCAACUCUAUUUCAAAUAAUCUUGCCUUUUGCCCUGCUAACCAGUGUGCAUGGUUCUUGUGGUCCCUUGCCCAAACUUGUCUAUGCUGCCCCAAUGUCUAUGGAAAUGGCAAACAAAACUACCUUCUCAGAUGGAGAACAAGUGAAAUAUGUUUGCCGCCCAGGCUACAGUCGGAAUAGCUCCAGAGUUACACUUACCUGUAGAGAUAAUUCCUGGUAUCCUACCACUCCAUUCUGUGUCAAAAAACGAUGCCAUCACCCAGGAGAACUGAACAAUGGGAGGGUGUUCAUUAAGACAGACCUUGAAUUUGGUUCCCAAAUAGAAUUUAGCUGCUUGGAUGGAUACAACUUAAUUGGAUCAUCAACAAGUACCUGUGAGAUUUUUGAAACAGGAGUUACUUGGAGUGAUCCUAUCCCACAAUGUGAAAUUAUAAUUUGUCCGCCACCACCACACAUCAGCAAUGGAAAGCACAGCAACAGAGAAGAUGAAAUCUAUAGCUUCGGCUCUUCCGUAACCUACAGAUGCAACCCUCCAUUCUCACUUAUAGGAGAAGCCUCGAUUUCCUGUAUUGUAGUCAAUGGGACCAUUGGUACAUGGAGUCCACAACCCCCUACAUGCAAAAAGGUCAUCUGUAAGCAGCCACAGUUUCCAAAUGGGAAGUUAACCUCUGGUCUUGGACCCAUCUACACAUACAGAGACACUGUUAUGCUCGAAUGCAACAGGGGUUACCUUAUAAAUGGCAGCAAUGUGAUUCACUGUGGAGCUGACAAUCAGUGGAUUCCUGAUAUCCCCACUUGUGAGAUCAAUGCCUGCACUAAAAAACCAGUUAUUGAAAAUGCUGAUGUUGAACGCUAUUAUAGAUAUGAGAGUGUGUUCCCGGUUGGCACUGUAUUAACAUUUACAUGUAAUAAUGGAUACAAAGCCACUCCAGAUACAUCACUUACUGCAACCUGCCAGAAAGAUUUUAGCUGGCAAAUGAAGGGAGGAUUUUGUGAGAGGAUUUGCUGCCCAUCACCAGUGAUUAAUAAUGGAAAAAUCCUACAGUUCAUCAAUGACUGCAAAUAUAUACCAAGGCGCCAUAUUAAAAUUCAGUGUGAAGGUUACCAACAAGAGAGUAUCUGCGGACAAGAUGGUACAUGGAAACCUGAAAUAACCACGUGUGAAUAUAAAAAAAAAACUGUUUGCAGUUCACCUAAGACCAUUGCAAAUGGGAACUUUACAAUAAAUGAGGGAUAUUUUGUUGUUUCUGUGAACUAUUUCUGCAAUGAUGGAUAUGACCUAAUAGGAGAGCCAACAAAUACCUGCAAAUUUUCAAAAUGGUCAAAUCCUUUCCCUCAUUGUCAAGCUCUUUGUCCAAAACCAAAGGUAUCAAAUGCAAAACUGUUUUCAGAGAAGUCUCAGUACCUAAGUGGUGAAAAAGUCAAUAUCCAGUGUUCUCCUGGCUAUCAUUUGCUUGGCCCUCAAAACAUCACUUGCUCAGAGAAUAGAUCCUGGAUUCCAGAAGUACCCAAGUGUGAAUGGGAAUUCUCUGAAGGCUGUGAAAAAGUUUCAGUAGGCUAUAAGCUUAUGCAGUGCCUCCCAAAUGCCCAGGAUGUCAAGUUGGCCCUAGAGAUAGAAAAAUUAUCCCUGGAGAUUGAGUUGUUGAAACAAGCAAUAGGCAAAAAUAAAAUGAAUUCUAAUCAGGAGUCAUCAUCACAAUCAUGUACACACAAAAUUGAAAAAGAUCCACAAACUUACCCUUAUUAUUGAUGCUGUUCUUUAGAUUCUCAUUCAUGGGAAUAAACGGUUACACUGGGAGAGUUUGUUAACGUAUUUUAUGCUUUUGUAAAUAAAAAACUGAUGAUAAUUUGACCAAUAGAAGUCUAGUCUUCUAGAUUGAGCAGUACAACUGGCUACUAUAAAUAAAACCAUUAGAAAAACA